AUGGAUUCAAGGAAUACUUGUGAUUUAAAAUUGUGUCUGUUGUCUACUGCUGACGUGAUAUCGCUAGUGCGAUUACAAAGGAACGGACUUCAGCCACCGAAUCAGCAGUCAACCUUUAUUCGCAGCUCAAAUGGAGCUAUCCUAUACAUUAACCACAACACAAAUGCACAUAAGAUCAUGCUAAAUGAUUCGACAUGGUCUAGACAAGGUACAUGUGUACCACGACUUGUGAGUCCAGCACAAACAUGGAACAACAUUGUUAUAAACAAAGUUAACAACGGAGGCGAAAAACCAAAGCGUGUGAGAACAGCAUUCACUAGCAACCAAAUGGCGGAGCUAGAGCAAGAAUUCACUCGCACAAAAUACCUAGACCGGGCACGUCGCUUGGAGCUGGCGGAAAUUUUACAGCUCAACGAGAGGACUAUAAAAGUAUGGUUCCAGAAUAGAAACAUGAUAGAAAAAUAUAUUUUGACGGAGCACAUAGAAGAGUCUGAAGAAACCAGCACAACUGCUUCUUCGCCAGAUGUAAGUCUGCUUUCAGUAUAUCACAACAAUACAUGCAAUGUCCUAAUGGUUACUGAACGAAUAACCGCACAAUCAGCUUCGAUCAUGCCGACAUAUGAGCCACAAGCGUUACUUAAGCUUUCGGCAGCAAAUGGAAUCGUUGCCAGUUCAACAGGAGGUCCCGGGACAGAGCUCCAACAAUUAACGUUACAAGAGCUUGAGGUUAAUCAGUCUAUUGGAAAUUCAAUGCAAGCAAGCACACCACCUAUGCCUAAUACCAAUAAUAUGACCUAGGACUUAUCCUGGAUUCACAGUAUGAACACCGAAAAUAAAUAUCGACUUGUGAUUCAAGUAUUUCUAACCUGA